CUCGAAAACCUACUAUGCCGACCUACAUACUUACACUGUAUAAUCAUCAUUCAUAUUUUGUGCUUGGGAAUUGGAAUAAAUUGCUCGAAUGGACCCCUGACGACUAAAGUGAUGUAGUCUAUGUACCUAUGUUAGGGAAAUAAGUUGGAAUGCUCCAUGGCUCAAACGGAUCCUAUCACCUCUGUAUGGAUGAUUGGUCUGAUGAGGGAAGUCCAGUUUAAUUAUAGCAACAUCGUGAAACGAGAGAACUCGCGUACUCUGAACUGUAACGUUGAUAGGUCUUGUCCAUAUUAUAGCGCAUCUAUCCGUAUUCCUCCUGCAAUCAGUCAUUCGGCAUAUAUCGUCGGUUCUUUGAUCACCACGCUUACUCGUCAUCAACAGUACUGUACAGUAACUACCUACAUAUUAUUGUCGUGUUGGUUUCCAAGAGUAUAUCCACAUCCUAUACAUACCAGUACAUCAACUCCCCAUUGCGGGUCAACGGUAGACGGACCUUGUUUUUGCAUCCGAUGCAUUAAAUGGCUGCAAUUGAAAACAGCUAAGACGGGUUACACGGAUGCUGAUGUUACUAUGGUCCAAGGAUAGCCCUUUUCAGCCUCUCCAUGCUUUAUCGUUAACACAACGCUUUGAGUUUGGACGAUAGGUGGCUUCUGUUUUCCUACAUAGGAAUACUACAACAGCAGAUUACCUUAGUACUAGGUAGUGUGGCUAUGAAUACUUAGGCAUGGUAGAUAGGGUAAGUCUACCUACUAGGUACGAAAGUUGGUCGUCGAUAAUGAAAUCGAACAUCAUGUUGGGGAAUUUUCUUCCUUCCUUAGACCUACCUCCUAACGUUAGUAUCCAG